UCUGAGCUGUUGUCUGGUGGACAUAGGUCACUCUUACAAUCUCUAAAUUUAGGACCUUGGGGCUGCAUUGUUCCCAGCAGUUUUUGUUCAUCCUUUUUUUCUUUCUUAAUUGUUUGUUCCGUAUUAACGGCAAACAGUAGAGUGAAAAAAACAGUUUUGUACAGGGGCUACUAGCUACAACUUUGAUGUUUGCUUCUCUCAUCCGAGCUCUUUAUGAUAAGAGCAGUAGGUUUUUUAACAUGCUUGAGGUGUGGCUUUUCUCAAACACGGGAUCUCCUGUUUAUUUUUCUAAUCUGAGAGGACUUUCGUAACUGCAGCUAGGUAGUACUCAUUUUCGUUUGAAGUAAGGAAAUAGGUCUAAAGUCCCAUACCCAAGGGCACAACGUUGGUGUCUGCUAGGAAUUCGAACCCUGAACUUUUAGAUUUGAAGUCAACAGCUCUAAACGGAAGACAACCUUGCCAACCGGAAGACCACCUUUCUACUACAGAAAAAGCAGCCCUCAAACAUGGACUUCUUUCUCGACAAUUCAAGCAACAGUUUUCCUGUCCUCUGUAAUAAGGUAAUGUUGACAGGAAACGAGAGUGUGUCGGGCGACGGAAACCUGACGGGCUGCAUUGUAGGGGAACAUUUCUGCACCAGUCAGAUUGUGAAUGCAACCCUUAUCCUGUUGUUUGGAGUGACCGGAGCAGUGGGGAACACUUUGGCUCUCUACGCUUUUAUCAGGGCUCUACGAAAGCCUAAGAACUAUCUGGUGGCCAACCUGUGCCUGAGCCAGUUGCUGAUGUGUCUAGCCUACAGUCCGGUGACGGCAGUAUCCAACUACCUACACAGAUGGGUGGGUGGCUACAUAGGGUGCCAGGUGGUGGGCUUUCUGACUGGCACGGCCUGCAUGGUGUCCAUCCUGUCAAUCACAGCCAUCGCUAGGCAACGGUUGGGCGUGGUCAGGGCCCCUCUACACAGCCUCACAGCCUUCACACACUCAACAGAGCUGAAGCGACUGGCCCUCAUUUGGUUGAUAUCCAUAGUUUCGAUACUACCUCCCUUAACUGGGUGGAACCGUUUUGUCGUAGACCCUAUCCAGUUCAGCGCUACGAUGGAUUACUUGUCGACUGACACACCUUCGAAAGCGUACAUUAUAGCUCUGAUGGUCUUUGGGUUCUUUAUCCCACUGGCGGACAUUUGCUACUGCUACAGUUACAUAUUGUACACAGUUGUUAAACUUGGACGUGGCAAACUCAUUAGAAAGAGCACCAAAAAAGGGGUGAACGAGAUCAGCAUUGCACUUGGUGCACUUAUGAUCACAUCACUGUUCUGUGUCUGCUGGUUUCCAUAUAUGGUUGUAGUGAUUCUGGGUAUGUCAGAAGCAUACAUACCCCCAGAACUAGCUAUGGCUGCCUCUCCACUUGCUAAACUGUCCACAACUAUUAAUUCCAUCUUGUUUGCGCUUUCGCUGCCUGCUUUUCGAAGGCAUUUCUUUCCGAGUAAGAAAGUGUACAGACCGAGUGCAACAGCUAUGAAAACAUAUGACAGGUCAAAGAAGACCUGGAAUUCAUAAAAGCAGUUACUGUAAUGUUAUCUAAGAAAAAUUUAUUUAUUUGUGCAGCUGUUUACAAACAGCCAGCGCUGCCCAACUAGCCGUAGGCUAUUGCAGAGCCGUAUCUAAGAAAAAUUAUUGCGUAGCCGUAUCUAAGAAAAAUGUUGAAACACUUUAACUUGUUAUCUUGUGACUGAAAAAAAUUCCAUCUAUCAAUUAGUAAAUUACUUCAAAACCUGCUGUUAUAUGAUUUUCCUUGGAGAAAAUAAAUAUGUCUGCAGC